CAGCCAGGUAAGGCAAAAGAGAGAGGGCGGAAGCAGCGGCAGAGCGGAGAGGGAGAGAGAAGAGCAUAUAUGGGCAUGGCGAUGCCCUUUGCCUCCCCGUCUCCGGCAGCCGACCACCGCCCCUCCUCCCUCCUCCCCUUCUGCCGCGCCGCCCCUCUCUCCGCGGCGGGGGAGGACGCCGCGCAGCAGCACGCGAUGAGCGGCAGGUGGGCCGCGAGGCCGGCGCUCUUCACCGCGGCGCAGUACGAGGAGCUGGAGCACCAGGCGCUCAUAUACAAGUACCUCGUCGCCGGCGUGCCCGUCCCGCCGGACCUCCUCCUCCCCCUGCGCCGAGGCUUCGUCUUCCACCAGCCACCCGCCCUUGGGUACGGGCCCUACUUCGGCAAGAAGGUGGACCCGGAGCCCGGGCGGUGCCGGCGUACGGACGGCAAGAAGUGGCGGUGCUCCAAGGAGGCCGCCCCGGACUCCAAGUACUGCGAGCGCCACAUGCACCGCGGCCGCAACCGUUCAAGAAAGCCUGUGGAAGCGCAGCUCGCGCCCCCGCCGCACGCCCAGCCGCAGCAGCAGCAGCAGGCCCCCGCGCCCGCUGCUGGCUUCCAGAACCACUCGCUGUACCCGUCGAUCCUCACCGGCAACGGCGGCGGCGGGGUAGGUGCUGGUGCUGGUGGUGGCACGUUCGGCCUGGGGCCCACCUCUCAGCUGCACAUGGACAGUGCCGCUGCCUACGCGACUGCUGCCGGUGGAGGGAGCAAAUAUCUCAGGUACUCUGCAUACGGGGUGAAAUCUCUGUCGGACGAGCACAGCACGCUCUUGUCGGGCGGCAUGGAUCCGUCGAUGAUGGACAACUCGUGGCGCCUGCUGCCAUCCCAAACCAACACAUUCCAAGCCACAAGCUACCCUGUGUUCGGCACGCUGAGUGGGCUAGACGAGAGCACCAUCGCGUCGCUGCCGAAGACCCAGAGGGAGCCCCUCUCUUUCUUCGGCAGCGACUUCGUAACCGCCGCCAAGCAGGAGAACCAGACGCUGCGCCCUUUCUUCGACGAGUGGCCCAAGUCGAGGGACUCGUGGCCGGAGCUGGGCGAGGACAGCAGCCUCGGCUUCUCGGCCACCCAGCUCUCCAUCUCCAUUCCCAUGGCGACCUCCGACUUCUCCAACACCAGCUCCAGAUCGCCGGGUGGAAUACCGUCGAGAUGAACGAGUACCGUGCAUGUGGAUCCCAGCGUCUUAGGGUUGACGACUCUUCGGUGCUGGCCUCGUCGUAUCAUGCUCCUAAAUUUUCGAACGAUAUAUGCCUUAUGUAACGCUAUUUCUCUCAUUGUUACAACACCCUUUACCCGUUUGGAAUUGUGUUGAAGUGGAUGGUCUGCGUUGCUC